AUGUUCAACCAGGUGAUUGGUUUGGGCGUUCUUCCAACGUCACUGACCGAACUUACGUUGGGUGGAGCAUUCAACAAGGUGAUUGAAGUCGGCACACUGCCCACAUCACUAAUCACACUCUCUUUCCAUGGUAAUACUGCUGGUGGAUCAAGGUUUAACCAAAAACUACGUCCUGGUGUGUUGCCCUCCUCACUACAGUACCUGAGACUAGGUGAUUCAUUCAAACAUCCAAUCAAACCCAAUGUGCUGCCCUUAUCGCUCAAGACUCUCACACUUGCCAGUCGGUUCGACCAGAGUAUAAGUGGUGUCCUCCCCAUGUCUCUGGCCAUGCUGACCUUUGGUCAUUUCUUCAAUAAGCCAAUCAACAAAGGUGACCUGCCCAGCUCAUUGACCAAACUAUCAUUUGGUUCAUCAUUCAACCAGAAGCUGAUAGCUGAUCUACUUCCUACUUCAUUGACCGAGCUAUCCUUUGACAAGUACUCACAUCAACUGGACAUGUCGAUACUUCCAAGUUCCCUGACAAGUCUGCACAUCAGCAGGCUGUACAAGUCAAUCGUUCAACCAACAGCAAGUACACCAAAUGGUCUUGUACAUCUAUCAAUCGAGAACUGUACAGAGAAGAUCUUACCUGGACAACUGCCCAACACAUUUGUACACUUGGACAUUAAUAACUACAACAACAAUACAUUGGAGCCUGGUAGUAUGCCAUCAUCAAUCACAACACUGAUCUUUGACAAUAACUUUAUUCAACAACUCGAGAAAGGUAUACUGCCACCACGUUUGACAACAUUGUGCCUGGGCGACUCCUUCUCCAAUGACGAUCAGGAUAUAAAGCCUGAUACUCUGCCAGAGACUUUGACUUCAUUGAAUUGUGGAUAUCGAUACAAUCGAGACCUGGCAGGCAAGCUGCCAUCAUCCCUUCGCACUCUCAUUCUUGGCCAACUCUUUAAUCAUAAGCUUAACAAGAAUACGCUGCCUGCAUCGCUCACAUCUCUAAAGGUGGGCAGCGCCUUCAAGCACGUGCUCAAGCAUAUGCCUCCUUCUCUCACUGAUCUCACCAUCUACUCAUUUGGACAACUCAAGUAUGUCAGGUGCCCACUCAAAUCACUGUCAUUGUCCAAGGCUGCGUCUCAUUCACCAAUCGCACCACGUACCGACACGUUGGACACUCUGUCCAUUGGAUCAAAGAUACCCUAUGGUAUCGUGUCACAUUACCUCCAUCGAUCACAGUUUAUCAAAAAGGUGAUGGCGACCAUACCAAAUGUUCAUACGUAUAACUUUACAAUGUUUUGUUAUCAUCAAGAGUAUGUGGAUAUCGUUCGCAAGGUGAAUGAUUGCUACUCCAUCCUCGUGUCCACAUUGACUACAAAGGAAUAUGAUCAGCCUCCUUUCAUCAAAAAGUCCAUUCAUUUCAUCGUCAAUCAUUCAGUGAUCAAUACACAAAUGUCUGAAGAGCUCAAAAGACUUAGAUUGGAGAAUGAAGUACUAAUGAUGCAACUUGUCUGCAUGGUACCAUUAUCAUCAUCGUUGCCACUUCCAGAGGACCAUCCAUUGUACACCAAGUCCGAGCCAACACAAUAA